UAUCAAGUACUUAACUUUGGAAUGAUAGUUUCAUCAGCACUAAUGAUAUGGAAGGGACUUAUGGUGGUUACAGGAAGUGAAAGUCCUAUUGUCGUCGUACUGAGUGGGAGUAUGGAACCAGCAUUCCAUAGGGGUGACUUGUUAUUUCUCACAAAUCAUAGAGAAGAUCCCAUUCGAGUGGGAGACAUAGUAGUAUUUAAAGUCGAAGGCCGUGAUAUUCCAAUUGUUCAUAGAGUCUUGAAGUUGCAUGAAAAAUUGCUUUGAACUGGACUACGAAUGUAGAAUUGGAAAAAGUAUAUUCUGAAGAAGGGAAAAAAUAUUAAAAA